AUGGGCGCUGGUGUCGUAUUCAACAGCUCUUCGGCUCCUCAAAGUCCAAUUCUUGGACCUCUGCCUUCUAGUCCGGUUAUCGACUUGUCCCGAUUUAAUCCUGAGGAAUAUCCCAUGGAGGACUGCGACGAGAGGGCUAGACUUCAAAGAGCCAGGGAGAUGGAAGAAGGUGUAGAACCACCCCCGGGAUACAAACCUAAUAUCGCAACUGGUAUUCAGGUGCAUCCUAAUGGAAUAACGGUCGAUAGCCUGGCCGCGUUGUUUCAAGCAAAUGCUGGAAUUCAGGCCGCAGCUCUCACCGCUCUAUCGCAGAUUGAUUUUUCCCUAAUUCCAAAUAUCGAACGACCUGCGCAUACUCAGGUCGAUUACGUUCACUGCCUGGUACCUGAUUUACGAUCAAUCACAGCCUGCUCUUUUUACUGGGGUAAAAUGGACCGUUACGAGGCAGAACGUUUGCUAGAGGGCAAACAAGAGGGAACAUUUUUGCUGCGCGAUUCUGCCCAAGAGGAAUUCCUCUUCUCGGUUAGCUUUAGAAAGUACGAACGUUCGUUACACGCGAGAGUCGAACAGUGGAACCACAAAUUCAGUUUCGAUUCGCACGACCCUGGUGUUUACGCUUCUGGAACGGUAUGCGGCUUGAUAGAACACUACAAGGACCCGUCUUGCUGUAUGUUCUUUGAGCCUGUGCUGACGAUACCGUUGCAUCGUACAUACGCUUUUCCGCUGCAACAUUUAUGUCGAGCGAUUAUAACGACUAGAACAACGUACGACGGUAUAAACAAACUGCAGCUACCUAAAACGUUGAAAAGUUACCUCAAAGAGUAUCACUAUAAGCAAAGGGUUCGAGUAAGGAGGCUCGAUAUCGAGAGUGAUCUUCAGUAA